UGUUCCGUCAUUCUGAUUGGUGUGUUGCAAUCAUGUGAUUAGUAAGUGACGAGAGUGACACUGCAAAUACAUAACUGGGACACAACGUUGUUAUGAUUCUUCGUGGACUUUAAGUGUGAUUUACGAGGCGGGACCAGUCGGUUGUGACCACUUUCUUUACCAAAUGACCGUGGUCGUGUCACCCUCGCCAAGAAGGUCCACUGUCCUCCUUUGGCGUACCGACGUCCCGCUACAGUUAACAUUACUGAUUGACUGUAUUGUGCAAUAUGAUCCCUCUUUAGACACUUGCUAGCCUAGCAGCAGCUGCUGUGGAACCCGGAUCUGCAUCUCUGUUUAACUAUUUUUUGAAGGGGCCUGAAUGCUGCAGGCGUUGCCCAGGUUGAGUAGAGCAGCGGUGAGAGUGAGGAGAAUUGGGAUUCAGGUCACUGCUAUGGCCCUCAACCACCAGAGCACCAGUCCCUCCCGGGACAAGGGUGGCACCGUCACAGCAGCCAUCCUCAUCAUUGGUGAUGAGAUCCUGAAGGGUCACACUGUGGACACCAACAGUGCCUUCCUGUGCCGCAACCUGCGUAAGCUGGGCGUGAGCGUGCAGCGCAUCACCGUGGUGCCUGACGUGCAGGAGGUCAUCGCCAAAGAGGUGGCCACCCUGGCGCCCACCGUCACACACCUGAUCACCUCCGGCGGCAUCGGCCCCACCCACGACGACGUCACCUUUGAGAGUGUGGCUCAGGCGUUCGGUGAGCGCCUGGCGCCCCACCCAGAGCUGGUGCGCCUGGUGGAGGAGUUCUUCGGUGCGUCUGACCCCAACUCGCCGGCCAUGAAGCUCGCCACGGUGCCCGAGUCGGCCCAGCUGAACUAUGGCCGCGAUCCGCAGAAGGGCCAGCCCAUGCGCUACCCGCUGGUGAGCGUGCGCAACGUCUACAUUUUCCCAGGUAUCCCCUCGCUGCUCGAGCGCGCCUUUAACGGCCUCUCGCACCUCUUCGCCGGCUCGGGCACCACGUUCCACACGCGGGAAGUGUUUGUGGACGCGGACGAGGCGGGAAUCGCACCCGUGCUCACGAAGCUCCAGAAAGUCUGGGGCAAGCGUGUGGCCCUGGGCUCCUACCCAGACUGGCUCAGUAACUACCACCGCGUGCGGCUGGUGCUGGACUCGGACAGCCUGGAGGAAGUGGAUAAGGCCAGGGCCCAGCUCGUGGAGGACCUGCCCCCUGGUAGCGUGGUGCCACUGGUCACGGACCCGGUCUCCAUCGCCCCGGUGGAGGUCUACAUGCUAGCCAACAGCGGCACCCCUCUGGGCAAUAAGGUGGCGUCCGCCUUGAAGACCAUUGAGACAGCAUUGGACCAGUACGCAGCCAGUGAGACAUGUGUAGGCUUCAACGGAGGCAAAGACUGCACUGCUCUUCUUCACCUCUAUUACGCUGCUAUAAAACGACGUUACCCUGAGGGUAAGGACAAAGUGAAGGCUCUGUAUAUCCGGAUCGUUUCCCCAUUCCCUGAGAUGGAAAGAUUUCUUCAAGAUACGAUAAACAGGUACGACCUGGACCUGAUUUCGGUGGAGGGCAGUAUUCGGCAGGCCCUGAGCGAGGUGCAGGAGAGGCACACGGAGCUGAAGGCCGUGUUGAUGGGGACACGACACAGCGACCCCUACUCACUCAAGCUCACACCCCUGUGCCCUACUGACCCCGGCUGGCCCGACUACAUGAGGGUCAACCCACUGCUGGACUGGACAUAUCAUGACAUCUGGUCAUUCCUAAGGACCCUCUAUGUGCCGUACUGCAUUCUCUAUGAUAAAGGGUACACCUCAUUGGGUAGCAUGGACAACACCCUCAGGAACGUAUCGCUCCAGACGGUGGACAACCGGGGCGUCAGCCGCUAUAAGCCCGCCUACCACCUCGAGAACGAAGACGAGGAGCGCAGCUCCAGAGCCUGAGGUCAUCACUAUCUACGUCUCGCACACAGGACUCCUCAUCUUCAACAUCCAUCCAUCCAUCCAUCCAACCAGCAUAGGUCAACUGAAUGUGAUGGACAGAGCAACGAAAGACAAGUGUCAAAGAAGGACAACCAGGGCAUUACAGAUGAAAAUUUGGUGUGUGUGAGUGAGUGAGUGUGUCUGUGUUCGUGUGCAUCUGUGUGUGCAUGUGUGUGUGUGUGUGAGUGAGUCUGUGAGUGUGUCUGUGUGUAUCUGUCUAUGUUUUGGCUCAAUGAAGGGUUGUUGCUAUGAUUUCCAUGAAUUUCAUGGUUUGUAAUAAAAGACUUGAAUUUGC